UUUACAGUUUUUGUCUUCCUACUUGUGUGCUUGUUUUUCCAAUGUCUCUUAAUCAUUUAUGUUUUGCAAUUUUUGUUUUGAAUUUGGAAUUCAGGUAUUAGAGAAAUUUAUUGAUGUACAUUGAAUCGAGAAAAGUGAAAAUUUGGACAUGUGUGUGAAGAAAAUGAAAACAAAGAGGGAAGAAAAGAUUACGAUGACCGAGGACUCCAAGAGGCAGAAACUACUUGAACCGACUUUAUCUCCUCAGCCUACGUUUGACAAUGCCCUUUUUCCUCUUACUUCGUACGAUGAGGACGAAGAUGAUGAAAUGAGAGAUGCGGAUAGGAUUAGGGUUAU